AUAGAUUUACAGGGAAAGGUUGAACCCCAACCUUUACAAUAUUUAUACAGGGAUAGGUGCCUCUUAGUACUACAAUUCACUCACCAGUCUCGCCUUCACCCACGACAUUGUUUAUCGUUUAGCAUAUCUAUUAUAUAUAUCAUACAAAAACAGACGGAUCGUGUCAAGGCAACUGCUAGUUUGUGCACCACCGUACACGGCGAUGGGAGUUUUGCGCCACCGCCACCAAUGUACUAUCUCUUUUGCUACAAUAGCUUUUCUUCUACUUACUUCAGCUUCAGCUUUUGGCAUCAACCCUACUCGUCAAUUCAGGAGGAAGAUCAAACAGGAGGUGGUGGAGCGAGUUCUCCCCCGGCGGCGACUCGGUGGCCCAGGAUCAUCGCCACCUACCUGUAGAUCCAAGUGUGGAAAGUGUUUACCAUGUAAACCAGUUCACGUUCCAAUUCACCCAGGAGUCAGUAUGCCAUUAGAGUAUUAUCCAGAAGCUUGGCGUUGCAAGUGUGGCAACAAGCUCUUCAUGCCUUAGCACCCCAAAUACAGUGUAGUACAUUGUUAGAUAGCGAAUUGUUCAGUUUUUAGACAGACUUUCACUGUUUAACUGAUAUGGUAUGAAUUUUCUUAAAAUUUACAAUUGGGAAUAUGGGAAUGCAAUUUUUUUAGGGUAGACUCUCGAGAGGGAUUCCUGUAUUAAUUCUAGGUCAAAAUAUAUUUUUCUCCCUCCUCCCUA